AUGAUAUCAAAAUGUGUAUUUUUGAGUGCGGAUCCGGAUUUGAAUAUAACUAGUGAGUUUUUGUGCUUUUUUUCAAAAAUCCAUGAUUUUUCUACUGAAAAAUUGAAGUUUUUUUUCCAAAAAAGUUUACAAAAAUCCAUGAUUUUUUUGAGUAAAAAAACCCUUUUUUUCUUCUGAAAAUUGAAGUUUUUCUGAUUUUUUCAAUUGAAGGAAUUUUAUAGAAAGAUUUCAAAUUUCAAAUAAGCUGGAAAUUAGGAUUCUAUUGAUUUUUGAUAUUGAAAUUUUGAUCAGAAAAGCACAGUUUGUAAUUUACAAACCCAAAUCGAUAGACCUCAAAUUUUUUUCGAUAAUUUUUGUGAAAAUGCUCGAUUUUUUCUGUGAAAAUGCUCGAUUUUUUGAGUGAGUUUUUUUCAAGAACUUUAAAAAUUUCAAAAUUCCUCGUUUUGAGCUGAAAAAUCAGAGUUUUAUCGAUUUUUAAAAAUUCAAAAAAAUUCAAAAAAAUAGACUAAAAAUUUGUCAGAGAAAUCAGAUGCUAAUCUCAAAUUUUUACAAAUUUCAUCGAUCUCAAAUAUUGAAAAAAAAUUCAAUUUGAAAUUUUUAAACUUCAUAUUCUUGGAUUACUGUGAAUUUCAGUUUUUUGCUCACAAAUUUAGAAUUACCUGAAUUUUAGGGUUACUGUAGCUUGAAUUCUUUCACAAAAUUCUUAAAUUUCAAUCCAGAUAAAAAACAAAUUUCCAUUCCGAAAAAUUUUUAGAAAUAAAUUUCAAAAAAAAAUAUUUAUUAAUUUUUCAGGCGUGGAAUUCGAAACGUGUUCUCGUCGAUGUCAUUUUCAAUUUUUUGGUAGUAAAUUCUUUGGCUCGCUUCAAAUCAUCGACAAGAAGUUCUCAAAUUUUUCGGAUUUUUGACUAAAAUCGAGAAGAAUUUUAUGAUUUUUCCAACAAUUUGCAACCGAAAAUUAUGGAAAUUUGAUCGAUUAUUUGCUCUCAACUCAAAUAUUCGAACUCGAAAAAUAUGGAUUCGAAUUUGUGAUGAAAAAUUCGAGCUGAAACUGAAGAUUCGAAUGAAGAUUUCGAAGGGCUGCAUUCCAAUUGAUGACUGGAUGUAGCAAAUUCUCCAAUGAUUUUGUGAGAAUCGGAAAAUGAUUGUAAACAAUCCGGGCGUAACUCCGAUAACGACGCGCAGGGUAUUGGUAGCCGACCUGUGAUAAGUCAAAUGAGCGGCUCCCAUGCUUUAUGCAAAAACCCCCCACGUGGAUCGUUCAAUUGCACCAUUAUUCUUUAUGAAAAUGGUGUCCAAGUAAUGAGAAGCGAAAUUUUUGGAUAUUUUGAAGAAUUGGAUCAAUUCAUGGAUGUUUUCGAGAUUCUGGAAUUUUUCAAUUGAAAUUGAUGUGAAGAAACAAGUGUAUCAAUCGACCAUUUUUUGCGAUUUUUGAAUAUGAUUUGGAUUGAGAUCGGAAAGAAAAAUAUUGGAACAUGGUGGAUCCAAUAUUUAUAAUUAGUUGUGCAUAAUGCAAAAAUGGAAGAUUGAUUGGAUUGAAUUAUGAAUAUGGAAAGAAUAAUUGGAUGAAAUCGAAUUAAAGGAACAUUCAUGUGAUUCCAUAUUUCAUGAUAUCAAAAUUAGUAUUUUUGAGCGAUUAUAGGAUCCGGAUUUGAAUAUAAUUAGUGAGUUUUUGUGCUUUUUUUGCAAAAAUCCAUAAUUUUUCUACUGAAAAAUUGAAGUUUUAUUUUCCAACAAAGUUUCCAAAAAUCCAUGAUUUUUCUGAGAAAAAAACCCGUUUUUCCUGCUGAAAAAUUGAAAAUUUUUUGAUUUUUGAAAUUGAAAUUUUGACAAGAAAAACAUAGUUUGUAUUCUACAAACCCAAAUCGAUAGAUCUCAAAUUUUUCGAUAAUUUUUGGUGUAGAUCAAAAAUAAUUUUUCUCUAAAUCUCUCAUUUUUGUUUGUGUCAAGUCUUAAAAAAAUUCGUGAAACAUUUAAAUUUUUAUGCUCAAAAUUUAGAAUUUUUAAUCAAAGUUUAAAAUUUUACAGAUCAAAUCAAGUUUGCUGAAGGUUUCAAUUUCAAUUUGACUGAAAUGAUGUGAGAAAAGUUUGGCUGUGAAAAUUCAGAUUUUUUGAUGGAUUUGGCAAAAUUCGAAUAUUGAAGGAUGAAAAUGGAAAUCGAUAAUUACUAAUUUGGCCAGUUAUUAAUUAUUGAACGUUCUCCGCCGCAUUUUUGCUAAAAAAAAUUGAAGAUUCCAGAAUUUCGGUGAGUUUUUUGGGACAAUCUCAAAAAUCCAAAGAAAAUGUUUUUCAGAUCAAUGCUCAACAAAUUCGAUAUUUUUUAUCAACUUGUCAAGAAUCUGAAGCAGUUUUGGAAUUUUUCUGAAUUUUUCGCGAAGUUUUAUUAGAAUAUGCGUGGUUGAUCGAUUAUUGAGUGAGUUUUUUUUCAAGAACUUUUAAAAAUUUUAAAAUUCCACGUUUUGAGCUGAAAACCCAGAGUUUUAUUGAUUUUAAACCAAAUUUUUGAACUUGAAUUGAAAAAUUGAAAAUUUUAUUGAUUUUUUAAAUAAAUCACGUAUUUUUCAGUGCUGAACUGGAUUUCGAAAGACCGGAAAAAUUCCUGAAAUUUUUGAAUUUUCGACGGAAUUUGAAGAAUUUUCUGGAAUGAGAAUUGAACUGGCUGAAAAAGAAGAUCGAAAAAUGGUGUAAUUUGAAGUCGCACGGGGAGGGAGGGAGGAUGGGGUGCGAUUUAGAAGAAGUGAGUUUGAAUUUUGAUGCAUUUUUUUGAUGGAAAACAUAUUCAUAUUUUUCAGUUCGAUUUGAAUGGCUUCUGCUAAUGUUGGAUAGAAGAUCUGGAAGUGAUUCCUGGAAAAAUUCGCGAAUUUGUUUCAGUGAGUUUUUGAAACUUUCAAAUAAUUGUGUCAAAAAUACAAAAGAAAUUCAAAAAGUAGACUAAAAAUUUGUCAGAAAAAUCGGAUUUUCACAAAUUUCAUCGAGCUCAAAUAUUGAAAAAAAAUUGCAUCUUCUUGGAUUAAUGUAAAUUUCAGUUUAUAACUCAACAAUUUAAAAUUACCUGAAUUUUAGGGUUACUGUAGCUUGAAUUCUUUCACAAAAAUCUUGAAUUUCAGUCAAUUAUGAAUUCUUGGAUCGAUUUUUGAUGGGCAUCUGUGAGAUUUGCGGAAAACUGGGCAUUUUUCUGACAAAUUCAACAUUUUUUGUCAAACUGGAACUACUGGAAUGAUUCGCUGGGAAAUUGAUAAGGUUAGUUUUUGAUUUCCGAAAUAAAUUGCAAAAAAAAAUAUUCAUUCAUUUUUCAGACGUGAAAUUGGAAACGUGUCCACGUCGAAGUCAUUUUAAAUUUUCUGGUGGAAAUUGUUUGACUCAUCAAGAAGUUCAAUUCGCACAGGGAAGGGAGGGAACAAGGGGUGCGAUUUACUAGAUGUAAGUUUGAAUUUUGUAGAUUUUUUUUUGAUUUUUGAAAUUGAAAUUUUGAUAAGAAAAACAAAAUUUGUAAUUCACAAACCCAAAUCGAUAGAUCUCAAAUUUUCCGAUAAUUUUUGGUGUAGAUCAAAAAUUAUUUUUCUCUAAAUCUCUCAUUUUUGAUUGUGUCAUGUCUCAAAAAAUGCGUGAAACAUUCGAAUUUUUCUGCUACAAAUUUAGAAUUUUUAAUCAAAUUUGAAUUUUGAUGAAUUUUUUGAUGAAAAACAUAUUCAUAUUUUUCAGUUCGAUUUCGAUGGCUUCUACUGAUGUUGAAUUCGAUUUUGAAUCAAAGGGAAGCUGUUGUUUUGUCUAGCAGAACCAAAUAAGGUUAGUUUUUUGUCAUUUCCGAAAUAAAUUGCAAAAAAAAUAUUUAUUUAUUUUUCAGACGUGA